AUGGCGGAUCCGCGGAGGUCUCCCGAUAAGUCGCUUCUCAAGACCAGAGGUGCUCAACCACAGCAGAUAUCGCCAGCUCCGGCAGCCCCAAUGCGAGGGCAGAGCUUUGUCGACGACGAUUCGGACGACGAUGACGAGUCAAGCGAUCAGAUGCCCUUGCCCAGGAGUCAUACACCAGGUCAUCUCGCCAGCAAAAGCAUACAAGCGAAUCGCCGAAAACCUUCGGAUCUUUCCAUCCGACAACGCUCCCAAUCCGCAUCACAAACCGCAUCCCAAUCCGCAUCCCAACCUCCGUCACAGCCCGCCUCGCAGGGAGCCUCCACGACCUCAAAAACAGCGACCUACAAACCACCGUCUGGUUUCUCAAACAUCGCCGGGGAUGCGUCAAGCGAAGGAGAUAGACGUACUCGGCGGCCUACCGCUUCACGGUCAACAUCCGCCAUAACCAGUCGAACAACUGCACAAGCAGCCGCACGAUACGGGCCACAUAGAUCCCGCAUAUUCCAUGAGGAAUACACGCCGUACCCCCUACUUCCAGAUCCAAAAACAUCUCCCAAAGUCGACGUGGCUCCAGCAUCGGGUAUGUACUGGUCAAGGGCACCCGUGUCGGGCGCUUCUCACACCUCCUUGCGAGCACAUACAACAACCAUCAUUGGUUCAAACGUAUAUGUCUUUGGUGGCUGCGAUUCAAGAACAUGCUUUAACGAUCUUUAUGUGCUGGAUGCGGAUUCCUUCCAUUGGACUAUACCUUAUGUCGUUGGUGAUAUACCCGUUCCUUUGAGGGCCAUGACGUGUACUGCUGUAGGCAAGAAGCUCAUCGUGUUUGGCGGAGGUGACGGUCCGGAGUACUACAACGAUGUUUAUGUUUUGGAUACAACAAACUUUCGGUGGACAAAGCCGAAGAUUAUAGGAGACAAGAUGCCCUCAAAGCGAAGAGCGCACACUGCUUGUCUUUAUAAGAACGGUCUUUACGUUUUUGGUGGCGGUGAUGGUGUCCGGGCCUUGAACGAUAUAUGGCGGUUAGAUGUUGCCGAUGUCAACAAAAUGUCAUGGCGACUGGUUUCAAGUUCCGAUAAGGCGAGUCCUGGGACCAAAGACUACCGUCCCAAAGCAAGAGGUUAUCACACGGCCAAUAUGGUGGGCAGCAAACUUAUCAUUUUUGGUGGUUCUGAUGGCGGUGAAUGUUUUGACGACGUAUGGGUAUACGAUGUUGACGCGCAAGUGUGGAAAGCAGUGGCCAUACCUGUUGCUUUUCGUCGCCUGUCACAUACGGCCACAAUAGUUGGCUCAUAUCUCUUCGUUAUCGGUGGACACGAUGGGAGCGAGUAUUCCAACGAUGUCUUACUCCUGAACUUGGUUACGAUGACAUGGGACAGACGCAAGGUAUAUGGAAAAGCACCUUCGGGUCGUGGCUAUCAUGGGACGGUGCUGUAUGAUAGCCGGCUCAUUAUUAUUGGAGGGUUCGAUGGAAGCGAGGUGUUUGGCGACGUUAUGCUGCUAGAGCUGGCUGUCCAUGCGUACUACUCGCAGAUCAGUCAUUUUACCAUCGAGGUGUAA